UAAAGAUACGAAGGUACUUCACGUGCUGUCUAUACCUUAUUAACGUUUGACGUUUUUUGUUAUUGUCGUCAUAACACUAGUGCUCUGUGAAUAAGUGACUGAAACUGUUUUGAGUUCCGUGAUGAUGAUGUGCUAUUCGAGAGGCCAUUAGUGGUUUAUGGACUGCUUAAAUGAACAAUGCAAGAUAUUGGAAAUUCGCCGAAAAACUUGAGUACCGCAAUGUCGCCAUACCUUGGAUCAAAAUACGAAAGCCCUAUUUCAUCCCGGUCGCCUAGUCCCAACAUCAUGGAUCAUUCUUCGAACCCGAAUGACUCGAAAUACAUGUCAGACGAUGAAAUCAGUGUGGGAUGUCCAAGCCCGGCUUUGAAUCGGUCCAGGGAAGUUAGUCCAACCUAUUCCACUAGCUGCAGAUGUCCCGAGGACCCCGAAGAUUACUUCAAACCUCUCAAAAAACUGAAAAUGGUGGAGGUUGAGGCGGAAAGACGAAUCUCACCGACCGUGGAAGUGGAAGAGCGGCCCGAUGGCGUGAAAAGUUUUUCCAUCGUGGACAUUUUGAACCACAAACCCUCGAAACCGCAGUGCAAUCGGAUCGUGAGGCCUUGGGACACCGAUCCUGAAAUUGAGGCUCACCAGCAAAGGUUAGAGAAUUUCCAUAGACACUUGAAAGUUCAGCAGUUGGCUCUGCUCAGGCCAGAAUUCGCGGCUUUUAACGUGAGUUACACUUCAGAGACUGGAAGUGACAGAUCGUCGAGUGUGGCCAGCGACUGUUGUUCUCCAGACAUCGUUGCUCCGUCGGCACAGAGACAAAGGCAUCAGCAACAAGGGAAGCAGCCUGGUGGACCUUUGGAUGCCCUCUUCCAAAUGACAUCAAAGACCUUCGAUUCCACCGCGGGAGAGAGUAGUACAGAUGGACAAAGCCACCUGAAUCUUUUCAACAAUAGGCAACAACCAAAGAAAAAACGGAAAUCAAGAACGGCCUUCACGAACCACCAAAUUUUCGAACUCGAGAAGAGGUUCCUCUACCAAAAAUAUCUCAGCCCUGCCGACAGAGAUGAAAUAGCUUCUAGUCUUGGCUUAACCAACGCCCAAGUGAUAACGUGGUUCCAAAAUAGGAGGGCGAAACUAAAAAGGGACAUGGAGGAAUUGAAAAAGGAUGUGGAAAGUGCGAAAAUUUUGAGUGCGCACAAGAGUUUUUUGGAAAAUGUAACGGACUUGGGUAUUCUAAAAAAGAAAGCUAUUGUCAGUGAGGACGAUUGUCCAAAGAACUUGGUGGUGUCUGAGAAGUAGGUUGACAGUACUUCAAAAAAAAGAGAAAAUUGAAAGUUAGUUGUCUUAUCUGUAUAGGGAUAUAAACAUUAUUGGUGAAAGAUAGUUCAAGUUUCUUUGAAAUUUUCAAGGUCAGAAAAUCAUAAUUCUAAUUUUGAGUAACUUUGUUACUCAGUUCAUUGAUAGCCUAGCAACUUCCUGUAUUUAACUCUGAAAACAACUGAAGAUUCUUUUUACAUGUAAAAACACUUCUAAAGUCCAUAAAAAAACUGGACGGGUUAAAAAUUAUAAGAAUGUGAAAUGCCAUGAAAUUCUCGUAGACUGUUGGUGGCUUAGAGAAUUUAUUAGUUUUUGUAAAAGUGAAGUAGUUUCAAAGGAAAACCAGUCACACUUACAUCGAGUUACUAUUUUCCGGUUCAAUACCUACUGAAGUCGUUCCGUUUUCUUAUCCUCUUUGUCGAUAACAGCACCAUUCAUGAAUUGAAACCUGAAAUAUUUUUUGUUUUCAGUACCUAAUUUCCUAGUCCGCUGAAACUUCAAGAUAGCGUGCUGCAAAGAACUGGAACUUUUCAGUACAAAUAAUAUUUAUAACAACAGAAAACCAAUUUUGAAUUUGAUGUUGUUUCAAAAAAUAACCUUCAUUAUGUUGUUAAUUUCAACUGUAUCAUUGCGAUUUUCUCUUAUGAUAUUUUUAUUUCUGUAUAAAGUUUUGUUUUGUACAUAUUGUAAAUAGUGAAUG